AUGGCACUUUCAAUGACAAAAAAGCAGGAGCAGCACAACACAGGUGUUCACUACUCGGCAGCCAUGUUAAUCCUCAGCUUGUUCAUCGGUAAACAUAUUGGUAUAUGUGGUGCUGUCGGUUGUGGAAAAUCAUCAUUGUUACAAGCACUGAUUGGAAGGAUGCCGCUGCUUUCUGGCCAUCUUGCUGUUGCUGGUUCUGUGGCAUAUGCAGCACAACAGGCGUGGAUUUUUAAUGGGACGUUGAGGGAAAAUAUUCUAUUCGGAUGUCCGUACCAAUCAGAUUGGUACACCAGGGUACUUCAUGCCUGUAGUCUGGACCCAGAUCUCCGAAUAUUGGCCAAUGGGGAUAUGACUGAGAUUGGCGAUAGAGGAACAAACUUAAGUGGUGGUCAAAAACAACGCGUGAGCCUCGCGCGUGCUGUCUACAGUAAAAGAGACAUUUAUCUCCUUGAUGACCCACUGUCCGCUGUCGACGUCCAAGUCGGGAAACAUUUGUUUAACAAAUGUAUUGAUACACUUUUGAAGGAUAAAACUGUUGUUUUGGUGACUCAUCAACUGCAGUAUUUAGAACGUUGCGAUGAAAUAUAUGUCUUGGAUGAGGGUGAAAUAGCCGAACAUGGAAGCCAUGAAUCGCUGAUGGCCAAGAAUGGCCAUUACACAAAAUUGAUGGAACAGUUCAAUUCUAACAUGGACCGUAUUAAUAGUUCAGAUGAGGAAAAAUCAGAAGAUGACGAUGCAGAUUUUCACAAAAGCAACGAUGUCCCGACAAAACAGCAGUUUAACGGUUCUACUGUAACGGUUAACAACUAUGAGAAAGGAAUUCUGACGGAGAGGGAGAAAUCACAAACCGGCUCGAUCAGCACUGACUCAUACGGCAGCUACAUUAGACGGGCAGGGGGCAAAAUAACUGUCGAGGAGCCGGAAUCAAUUUCUAUCGACUUCAAUUUAUCUAGCUCAAAUUUCGCAAUUAGCGCAGAUGUGACAACAUCCGCCGUAAAUACACUGAACACGACCUCUUUUCGGAGCAUGGAUGAGACAGAGGAGCAAACAGACUGGUAUUUAAUGGUUUAUAUCUAUACCACAAUAGGCAUAACUGGACUAGGUGUACUGAAAGGAAUAGUCGCAGGGGUGGUGAUGACCACUGCAUCAGUUAACUUACAUAACAGGGCAGUCGAGAGGGUAUUGGGAGCUCCUAUGCAGUACUUUGACGCCAAUCCGCCUGGUAGAAUCCUUAAUCGGUUCUCGAGAGACGUAGAAGAGGUCGAUGUAUUCAUCCCAAAUAUGACGGAUAAUCUGCUCCAAGCGAUGAUCAUGAUAACUGCAUCCAUUAUCAGUACGGCAAUAAAUUUCCCUGUCUACCUCGUCGCGGUCGUCGCAGUUAUAGUUUACGUUUAUAUAAUCAAAACCAUAGCAACAGUGCCAUUACGAAACUUCAAACGUUUGGAAAAUGUCGUGCGGUCGCCGCUUAUCAGUCAUGUGACCACAUCCUGCAGUGGACUAAAUACGAUUGUUUCUUAUUCCCAGGAAAACAACUUUAUGACUGGAUGCAAACAUUAUUCGAACACUACUUCGAUGGCGCUGUUACUGUAUGAAGCCUGUAUCCGGUGGAUGGGCCUGAGAGUGGACUUCGGGGGCUCUGUCCUAACGAUUGUAACCAGUAUAGUCGUGUUGGCCACGAAAGGUUCUCUUCCUCCAACGUUGGCGGCUCUGUCCUUGACCAUGUCCGUCAAUGUGACGUCACUUGCCCAGUUCUGCACCCGUAUGUUAAACGAAGUAGAGGCCAGGUUUACUUCCGUUGAGCGGAUACACGAGUAUGAGAAUCUCGAAGUAGAGAAGGAAACAGGAAAUCUUCACGUGGACAAAAAAUGGCCAAGUCAAGGGAGGAUAGUAUUUUCAAAUGUAGUGAUGAGAUAUCGAUUCGACAUGGAUCCAGUACUCCAGAACAUCAAUUUCGAUAUAUUACCGAAACAAAAAGUCGGCAUUGUGGGUCGUACUGGAGCAGGGAAAUCAUCAUUGGCUGCCGCGUUAUUCAGAUUAACUGAUAUAUCGGAAGGUCACGUGUCCAUUGAUGACGUAGACAUUGGAAGCAUAUCUCGGAAACUCCUACGUUCGAGAUUGUCGUCUAUUCCACAAGACCCUGUAUUAUUUGCUGGUACACUUAGGUAUAAUCUGGACCCCUUUGAUGAGUAUACGGAUGCACAGAUAUGGGAUGCACUUCAACAAGUCCAUAUGAAAGAAAAAACGCUUGACCUAAUUAUUCAAGAAAAUGGAGAAAAUUUCUCCGUUGGGGAAAGGCAAUUGAUAUGUUUGGCCCGUGCUAUCCUUCGUCAAAACAAGAUUCUAGUCCUGGACGAAGCCACGGCGUCCAUAGAUACUUCCACAGACGCAAUGAUACAGGAGACGAUUCGGGACAGCUUCUCCGACUGCACCGUCCUGACGAUCGCCCAUAGACUCAACACCGUCUUACACUGUGACGUCAUACUCGUUAUGGAGGCUGGGAAGGUGAUAGAAAUGGGCAAUCCUCAGGCGCUGCUACAAAAUCCAUCUUCUCAUUUUAACAGUAUGAUCCGCGCUCAAACCUUGGCAACAGACGAAUGAAAAAUUAAGGUUUCUUCAACUAUAAAUAUGUUUCAAUGUAUUAUCUGUUAUGCAGUUUUGAUUGAAUAUAUUUCGUCUGAAUUAUUCGUCUGUCACGUUGGCGCUAGUAAAGUCCAUACUGGAUUUUCGACACCGUUUCUUGGUUUACAUCACACAUUGUAUACGUAUUCUUACUAUGAUUUUGCAUCAAACCACGAGAUGGACGUUUAUGUGAACAAUACGGAUUGCCUUAUAUUGAAACGAAAUAUACAUCAAAUUCAGUUUCAAUGUAUAUAUCAAGGGAACUCCUUUCACAUG